AUGGCAGAACUAACUAAUAUUACGGAAGAUGAGAACCAGAAAACAUUCGAAGAACAGUCCUGCUCGUCAGAAUUUACUGAAGGGGUACAUGGUGAGCUGGUCUUUCUUUCAGCUAUAAAUGUCUUUUUUUCUGUUGCUGCAUUUCUUGGGAACACUCUGAUCCUAAUUGCCCUACACAAAGAAUCUUCACUUCAUCCGCCGUCCAAACUCCUGUAUCGUAACUUAGCGGUCACUGAUCUCUGUGUUGGCAUCAUUGUGGAGCCUCUGAAAGUCGCUUCUUGGAUUUCGAUGGUGAACAAAAAAUGGAGGAUUUGCUAUUACGUAAGCUUAACAAAUUCUCUCUCAGCCUUACUUCUGUGUACGGUGUCUUUAUUUACACUAACUGCGUUAAGCUUGGACAGACUUCUCGCUCUUUUUCUUGGACUUAGAUACAGACAGGUUGUAACUUUGAGGAGUAUCUAUAUAACUGAAGUUAUUCUGUGGAUUUUGGCCAUUAUCUUCACAUUUAUCUACGUUUGGAUUCCUUUUUUUCGCUUAUGGCUUUUUAGAACAGUACUUCCUAUCUGUCUGGUUACCUCGGUGUUUUCUUACACAAUUAUUUUAGUUACUCUUCGUCAUAACCAAAAUCAAGUACAAAACCACAUUGGUCAAAGGCAACCGAGCCAAGCCGUUGCCCUUAACACAGCUCGAUACAGAAAGGCAGUGUACAGUGCACUGUGGGUGCAGGUGGCAUUAGUUGUUUGUUAUUUGCCGUCCUUUAUAACCGCUGUAGUUCUAGCAUCUCAAAGAGGAAAAAGGAUGUCUUCAUCGAUCUGGCUUGCUUGGCAAUUUACGGCUACUUUAAUAUAUCUAAACUCGCCGUUAAACCCGUUGCUAUACUACUGGGAGAUCAGAGAGGUAAGGCAAGCUGUGAAAGAAACAUUAGGGCAAUUUUUUCGCUUAUCGAGUUAG